GGACAAGCAUUCGUCGACCCAGCAAACUCGCGAAAGGUCGAAUCAGCCCUACUCCCUUACCUCUAUAAGACAAAGAGAGAGACAGAUCUCGGGAAAACCCCACUUAUCACAAUGAACACCUCAAUGGUCAAGUCCAGGUUUCUGUCUCACCCCGAGGACCUCGGCGUCGUAGCCGUGGGUUUCUCAGGUGGUCAGUGCAAACCCGGUGUCGACGCCGCCCCCUCGGCCCUGAUCGAGUCCGGGCUUCUCACGCAGCUGCGAGAGGAGCUCAACUACAACCUCCACGGCCACGACACCGUCCACUCCUACCGGGACCUCGUCCCCAAGGACGACCCCCCCUUCCGGAACAUGAAGAACCCCAAGGCCGUCAGCAGCGUCACCGAACGUCUUUGCGACCAGGUAUACGAGCACGCCAAAGAGGGAAGAAUGGUCUUGACGCUGGGCGGCGACCACUCCAUUGCCAUCGGCACCAUCGCCGGCACGGCCAAGGCCGUGCGGGAGAGGCUCGGCCGCGAGAUCGCUGUUAUUUGGGUCGACGCCCACUCCGACAUCAACACGCCCGAGACGAGCGGCUCCGGCAACAUCCACGGCAUGCCCGUCAGUUUCGUGACGGGCCUCGCCAAGGAGGAGAAGCCGGAAUACUUCGGCUGGCUGAAGUCCGAGCACAUGCUCAACGUGAAGAAGCUCGUGUACAUCGGCCUGCGCGACGUGGACGCCGGCGAGAAGAAGAUCCUCCGCGAGAAUGGGAUCAAGGCGUUCAGCAUGUUCGAUAUCGACAGGCACGGAAUCGGUCGCGUGGUCGAGAUGGCGCUGGCGCACAUCGGCGCCGACACGCCCAUCCACCUCUCGUUCGACGUCGACGCGCUCGAUCCGAUGUGGGCGCCCAGCACGGGCACGCCGGUUAGAGGAGGCCUGACGCUGCGGGAAGGAGACUACAUCUGCGAGAGCGUGCACCUGACGGGCAGCCUCGUGGCCAUGGACCUCGUCGAGGUCAACCCGAGCUUGGCGCCGGAGGUCGAGUUAGGCGCGCACGAGACGGUUCGGGCCGGGUGUUCGUUGGUGAGGUGCGCUCUGGGCGAGUCGUUGCUGUGAAGAAACAAACACUCUUAGACCGGUGAGGGGCUGCGCAUCAGUUGAGAUUACAGAUGCGACUAAGGCCGUUUCGCAAUGGCGGUACACUCAGUGUCCUUGCGAAACGAUGUUCACCAUAGCUGGGGUUCGCUGCGUGUACGUACAUACGGAGUACGCACACUUUUUCCACGGCAGCAUAGAAUUGUGGAGGCUAGACGGCGUCCAUCUUAAAGAGAUAUCAUUACUAAAUAAACACCAGCAUUAUGGAUGAACUGGAAGGGAAAUAUCGUGAAAUGUGCUUUGGGAGCGUCAUAUUUGGUAUUUCUGUCGUCGAUACUGAUUAUGAGCUAGGUAGGUAAUCGAAGGAAUUGCAUGGUGAGUAAAGAGAUCUUCAUGUUACUGGAGGUAUCGAAUCAUAAGUGGCCCGCAGGUAGGGCAGAGGAUUAUCACUGAUAAUAGUGUGGUAUCAUCCAGGGGUUGUUUGAUUCCAGAGCAACCAUCUUCUUGGCAAAAGGAGUUCCUGGACGAUCUUUGGUUUUUAUUUGUCCUUCCCAUUAUAAUGUAUCAUUUACCAGCCACCAUAUUUUAUCACUUCUGAUUCCUUCGUCAAGCAAUUCGUAAAUAACUGUAGUU